AUGAACAACGCAAUCCAUCAAAAUGUCGCCCGCGACGAUAGCAAUAGCGGACUAUCAAACACAAUGCUCGACUUGAUGAUUGCUCUCUUGGUUCUCGUUCUCCUCGCUCUCGCCCUUGUCGGUGGACUGCUGGUCCUCCGCCGCAAGAAGCGUAACAACCGGAAACAAAAUCUCCUCCCAGUCUACAAUGGAGAGUCUCCCCGCCGCCGUUUAACGAUCACCACAAACAAAUCCGACUCCGUGAUGGUCUAUGACGAGAAGCGCAGCCUGAUGGAGAACUCCGAUAGCCCACCACCCAGCCCGGUGCCCGAGAUCCGCAUCACCUUCCCUGAAGAAGAGGACGAGAGUGGCAAGCGCACGUCUGGUCGUAUGGUGAUUGUUCGAAUCAGCGACGCCGGAAGUGUUGGCCUGGAGCCCUGUCACGAGGACCUCCCUCCCUAUCAAUCCAAUGAUACCGGUCGCUUCCAGUCCCUGGAUAUUGAGCGGAUGGGCGGCCUAAAGGAGAAGAAGGAGAUGAAGACCUACCAUUAA